ACACACACACAGUUAUUCUAAUAAAAGGAAGGAAAUUAAUUAUUAAAAUUAAAAGUAAAAUAAAUGGAUGAUCAGGUAAUAAUUGGUGGAGAAGAGGAGGAGAUUUUACCAGGGUUCCGAUUCUUUCCGACGGAGGAGGAAUUAGUAUCGUUUUAUUUACACAACCAACUUCAAGGGCGGCGUAAGGAUAUGCACCGUGUGAUUCCGGUGGUCGAUAUUUAUGCCAUUGAGCCAUUCGAUCUCUCUAGGUAUUCAGGGCAAAGGUCUAGGAGGGACAGUGAGCAGUGGUUUUUCUUUGUGAAACAGCAAGAGAGAGAAGCGAGAGGAGGGAGAGCAAACAGAACGACGUCGUCUGGUUCUGGGUAUUGGAAGGCCACCGGGUCACCGUCUUAUGUGUACUCUUCACACAAUAAGGUAAUCGGAGUUAAGAAAACCAUGGUGUUUUACAGAGGAAAAGCUCCCACUGGAAAUAAAACUAAGUGGAAAAUGAACGAGUAUAAAGCCAUUCAAAACAUUCCUCCUCAUUCUCCUUCCUCUUCCACUCCCAUACCCCAGUUACGGCAUGAGUUCAGUUUGUGCCGAGUUUACGUGGUGUCGGGAAGCUUUCGAGCAUUUGAUCGACGGCCAUUAGAAGCUUGCAAUUGAUCAACUCGCAUACCAUAAGGAACUUGAUGUUCAAAUAAACAAGGACCUUUUUCCACGUAAUGCUUUACAUUAUUAUUAUUAUUAUUAUUAUUAUUUUAAGUUGUCAUUUAUCAUUCAUUUUUAUCUUAUAAUACCCAACACGUCCAUUUUUCUCAAAUUUUUCACCACGAAAAUAAAUACACCUUCGGUUAAAAUCGUUAUAAUUGUGCAGCCCAAUUAAUAUCUUUAUGUACGUAUGAAAGUUGAAUGAUUAAACUGUACUUUUGUUUCUUCCAUUUACCAAUUAAUUGUGCGUUUGUUUUUAAUAUGUUUAUUUUAAGUUAUCAAUUCCAAUUGAUUUUAGCAUAUAUCCCAAAAUUUACGUGAUGCUAACGUGUAAAGUUACAUUAAUACCUCGGCUCUAAAUAAAUUAAUUAAUAUUUAUACAAUUAAUUUUGCAGUCAAAUAUUCGAUUCUUCUUUAACUCACAUGUUAAAUAAUAAUGAUAAGCUAAGUUUUCUGUCAAAAAAAUUAAUAAAAAUAUUGCAAAAAUUAACUAAGCUGUGGAUAAAAUAUCUAUACUAUACUUCCUCUCUAGAUUCAAAUUCUCAAAUCCUAUCUGAUGGAAUAAUACUCACAAAGGAAAGAAGAAAAUACUAGAAUUGAUAAAUUCAAAAUACAACCGGUGGCAGAGCUAGGAUAUAUAGGAGGGCAUUAUAUGUACAAGAUCGGAUAGUUCUUCUAUAUUGAUUUUUGUAUAAGAUUGAUUCAAAAUCCAAAACAUUUUUCUUCU